GCAGGACCCUUGGACUCUCUAUCGACACGAGAAGCAGCUACCGGCUAACGAUCCGUGGUGGACUCUUGAAGGCCUGGUGAGCCGUGGCCUAGUUCUAAGCUCAAGCAAGUCCCAUCGGACCCCAAUUCCAAGGACACAGGCUGCUGCGGGGUUGCAAAUCACCGCUGAGUUGGGGAUAGCACUGCGCAUGGAUGGCCAGAUGUACUGUUGAGCCGCGAUGAUGGACUGUGAGCCUUCAAGAGCCACCAUGCGGCCGUGGUGAAGUCCAUGUGAAACCCUGCAUGCAUUUCCAACCAAUGCAUCCGAUUUGGGAUUGGGGAGCGGCGCCGGAGCCAUUCUCCGGCUUCAAUCGCAAUCACGUGAAGCGUACUCGUACCUUACCGUACCACUCAACCCCACCUAUCCGAGUACGAAGGUGGGACGCAAGGAGGCAUAUAAUUCGACGACAUCACAUCGAACUGCCAACCAACACUCCUGAACGGCAUCUCCCGUUCUAUCAUGGCAGCUCUCUCACUUGAAUCCAAGCCAAUCUGGCUUGCCGACAAUGUCACCCUACAGGCGCCACUUUCCCGGCUCGGAAAAGGACCCGGACUCGUGCUUCUCAUCUCAAAAGACUACAAGUCUCGAUUACCUACAGAUAUAUCAAAGACAUUAGAUCCAGAGCCACAGCAGAAAUGGGCUGAAGAGGGAUUUGCGGUUGUUGAGGUGAAGGUUGAUCCGGCCACCGUUGAGGAAGAUUUCAAGACAGGGGUUGCAGCUCUCACGAAGUUGCCCGAAUGUGCAUCAUACAGCACUGUGGGGGUUAUAGUCUAUGAACUCGCUAGUUCAGCCCAGCUGAACAAUAUCUGGAACAUCCCUGGAAUUGCCGCAGCCAUUUGUUUCACCAGCCAAGCACCCAACAUCUCCACCAACUCCGUCCCCUCCUUGUCCCACAGUACUUCAAAAUCUGUUCCCACAGGAUCUGAUCAUACAUACGAGGGCGUAAAAUCCACCAACUUCGUCCUCCCAAGCCAUGAACACUACCAAGCCAGUGCCGCCAGCGUAGCACACACCCGCAGCCUCGGCUUCCUUAAAAAGCAUCUCGGGGGACCAAAUUUUGAUCUCGAAGCUAUCUGGGACGAGCAUACUCUCUUCGAGUUCGGCGAGCGCAAUGUCGAGAAGGCGAUGGCGACGAUGGUGGCAGAACCAUAUGUUAAUCACGUGCCGACAAUGACAGGCGGAAUCGGCAGAAAAGCACUGACAAACUUCUACCGCCAUCAUUUCAUCUUCAAUAACCCCGAAGACACGCAACUCGAGCUCGUCAGUCGAACAGUAGGCGUCGACCGCGUAAUCGACGAGUUCAUCUUCUGCUUCACGCACGACAAAGUUAUUGACUGGCUCGUCCCCGGCAUCCCCCCAACCAACCGCCACGUCCGCGUCCCCUUCACCUCCGUGGUAAACGUGCGCGGCGACCGCCUGUACCACGAACACAUCGGCUGGGACCAAGCCUCCGUGCUGCGCCAACUGGGUCUUUUGCCGGAAUACCUGCCGUUCCCGUAUCCGCUUCCGGAUGGGAGGACGCCGAGCAAGGGGAAGAGGUUUGAGUAUCGCGUUCCUGUGGCCGGAGCCGAGACAGCGACGAAGAUGGUGGAUGAGGCGAGUGUGGUGAGUAACGAGAUGUUGGGGUUUGAGGUUAGGGAGGUGGAUGAUGUUUGAGGUUUCGUGGACUGGGUGUGUGUUGGAAGGCGAAGGUGGACAUAAGGAUCAAGAAAAAGCUGUGUUCAGCUCUCGAUUCCACUUGUUGCUUUUUGGUGAUUGGUAGUUUGUUCCCGUGACCUCUCUGGCCACAAGGUGGCAUCGUUCAAGUCUGACUCGCGCCAAAUGUAGAAAUAUUGGAAACACAAAAUGACAAGCGUCUGAAGCAGUGCUGUUUGCUACCGG